AUGGUUUGUAAGCCAGAAGUGAGAACCCCUGGACCAGGGGCCCUCCAGGGCAGCCGAAGGGACGACGCUGUGUCCACAGGGACACCGGACAGGCCACUCGAAGUGCCACAGGAAGUGCCAGACGGGGCCUUCCACCCCCUGGAGAAGACGGGCCUGAGGCAGGGGCGUGGAGUGCGGCCCCUGCUCCGACCCUCUUGCACGGAGGGGGAUGGGGAACCUUCUGGAGGCUGGUGGGACGGGAUGAGCUUCCCAUGCGACCACCCUCAGCCCAGUUUCAGGCGGGUGCCCAGCCCCAGCCCCGCCCUGCCCCCCACAAAGCCACGGGACCCCGAGUCCCUGGUCCGGGGCUACCUGCCCCCCACAAAGCCACGGGACCCCGAGUCCCUGGUCCGGGGCUACCUGCCCCCCACAAAGCCACGGGACCCCGAGUCCCUGGUCCGGGGCUACCUGCCCCCCACAAAGCCACGGGACCCCGAGUCCCUGGUCCGGGGCUACCUGCCCCCCACAAAGCCACGGGACCCCGAGUCCCUGGUCCGGGGCUACCUGCCCCCCACAAAGCCACGGGACCCCGAGUCCCUGGUCCGGGGCUACCUGCCCCCCACAAAGCCACGGGACCCCGAGUCCCUGGUCCGGGGCUACCUGCCCCCCACAAAGCCACGGGACCCCGAGUCCCUGGUCCGGGGCUGGGCCCAGCAGCCCCCAGCCCCCGAAGGAGUCCCGAGCCGCUGGCGAGGAUCCCCCUUGGGGGGCCCGAGGCUGCUGAACAGGCUGCGAACCCCCGCCCGCCCCCCCGCACCCCGGGGUGUGAGGAGUCCCAGCCGCGGCGGGAGCGGUUCUAAGGUGAGAUUUAAUGAGGGGCCUGGGAAGAAUGAAUUCUAUUACACAAUCUUACCUCCCAGCCUGCCCUGA